GCCUGGGGAGGCCGAGGGGUUCCGCAACACGGAGGGCGGGAGACUCUGAGCCGCGCGGGAGCCGGAGGGGCGCCCCGGCCUCCGCGGGGACGAUGGCGGAGGAAGAAGAUUGAAGCCUUACUGAACCAAGAGUGGAAGAAGGGAGUUUCAAGAAUUCAGUGGAAAGCAAUUUAAAAAAAUUAAUUGACCAACUAUAGAACUGCACCAAAGAAAAAAGCCAAAGUCUUCAGAAAAUAAAGAAUCUGCCAAAGAAGAGAAAAUCAACAAUACAGCAAUUCCUGAAAGAGUUCCAAAACAUAUAUUAUUUCAGCGCUUUGCAAAGAUAUUCAUUGGCUGUCUUGCAGCAGUUACUAGUGGUAUGAUGUAUGCUCUCUAUUUAUCAGCGUACCAUGAACGGAAAUUCUGGUUUUCCAACAGGCAGGAGCUUGAACGGGAAAUUACAUUUCAGGGUGAUAGUGCCAUUUAUUAUUCUUAUUAUAAGGAUAUGUUAAAGGCACCUUCAUUUGAAAGAGGUGUAUACGAACUGACACACAAUAACAAAACUGUAUCUCUGAAGACUAUAAAUGCAGUGCAGCAAAUGUCUCUAUAUCCAGAACUUAUUGCCAGCGUUUUAUAUCAAGCAACUGGUAGCAAUGAGAUUAUUGAGCCAGUAUAUUUCUAUAUUGGCAUUGUUUUUGGAUUGCAAGGAAUAUAUGUCACUGCUUUAUUUGUUACAAGUUGGCUUAUGAGUGGAACUUGGCUAGCAGGAAUGCUAACUGUGGCAUGGUUCAUUAUUAACAGGGUAGAUACGACAAGAAUUGAAUACUCCAUUCCUUUAAGAGAAAACUGGGCACUACCAUAUUUUGCAUGCCAAGUCGCUGCACUUACAGGCUAUUUAAAAAGCAACUUAAAUUCUUAUGGAGAGAGGUUUUGCUACUUGUUGAUGAGUGCUUCAACUUACACAUUUAUGAUGAUGUGGGAGUACAGCCACUACCUCUUGUUUCUUCAAGCAAUAUCUCUCUUCUUGCUAGAUAGUUUUUCACUGGAGCAAAGUGAAAAGGUUCAUGAAGUUUAUAAAAUCUAUAUAUUUUCUCUCUUUCUGGGAUAUUUACUGCAGUUUGAGAAUUCGGCUUUAUUGGUAUCUCCUUUAUUAAGUUUUGUAAUAGCCUUAAUGCUUGCUAAGUGCCUUCAGCUGAAUGUGAAGAAAGGAACUUUCGUGGCUAAAAUAAUGAAAGUGAUUAAUUUUUACUUGGUGUGUACUCUGACAGUGACAUUGAAUAUUAUAAUGAAAAUGUUUGUCCCCCACAAAGAAAAUGGACAUAUGCUGAAAUUCCUUGAAGUAAAAUUUGGACUAAAUAUGACUAAGAAUUUUACAAUGAAUUGGCUCCUAUGUCAAGAAUCCCUUCAAGCACCAUCUCAAGAAUUUUUUUUGCGAUUGACACAGUCUUCUUUAUUACCUUUCUAUAUUUUAGUGUUAAUUACUUGUUUUCUUUCUAUGAUUCAAGUUAUUUUUAGGAGAAUUAAUGGUAAGUCCCUGAAAGAAACUAUUACGCUUGAAGAUGGACAAAUUGGAGAAAGGCCAGAAAUAAUUUAUCACGUGAUUCACACUAUUUUAUUGGGCUCUCUUGCAAUGAUUAUAGAAGGCGUGAAAUACCUCUGGACUCCUUAUGUGUGCAUGUUAGCAGCAUUUGGUGUAUGUUCUCCUGAACUUUGGAUGACACUUUUCAAGUGGCUUCGAUUACGAACUGUACACCCAGUAUUGUUGGCUCUCAUUCUGAGCAUGGCUGUCCCUACCAUAAUAGGUCUCAGCUUAUGGAAAGAGUUUUUUCCAAGAUUAAUGACAGAAUUAAUGGAACUACAAGAAUUUUAUGACCCAGAUACGGUGGAACUUAUGACCUGGAUAAAAAGGCAAGCUCCAGUCGCAGCUGUUUUUGCAGGAAGUCCACAGUUAAUGGGUGUGAUUAAAUUAUGCACUGGAUGGAUGGUGACAAGCUUGCCUCUUUACAAUGAUGAUGAUCUUCUCAAGAGAAAUGAAAAUAUCUAUCAAAUCUAUUCAAAGCGAUCUGCUGAGGAUAUUUAUAAAAUACUGACAUCCUACAAGGCUAACUACCUAAUUGUAGAAGAUGCUAUCUGCAAUGAGGUGGGAACCGUGAGAGGCUGUAGGGUUAAAGAUUUAUUAGACAUUGCAAAUGGCCACGUGGUUUGUGAAGAAGGUGACAAGAUAACCUACUCAAAACAUGGAAGAUUUUGUCAUGAGGUCAAAAUUAACUAUUCUCCUUAUGUGAAUUACUUCACUAGAGUGUACUGGAACAGAUCCUACUUUGUGUAUAAAAUCAACACUGUGAUAUCCUUUCAGUCUUGAAAAAUAGCAGAGCCUUCAUUUCAAAGACUUAUACCACCUGAAGUAAAAUGCAAUUUUCUUCUACCUACGUGGUGUCUUUUGGAAAUCAGAGUAUGGACAUUUGAAAUGUUGCUGCUGCUUUUCCCCUCCUGCUGUUAACUGGAUCUAGAAUUCUGUGGGGGAAAGAAGAUCAAACAUUACUGUCCUUUGGUAAAAUGUCAAAUCUGCCACUCUGCGUCAUUCCAGCCAGGUGUCUUCCUUACUGCUACGUGGUCUUUAAAGAUUUUACCUUCUAAACGAUUGUAAAAUUUUCCUCAUAAAUCUUCAUUCCAUCAUAACAUUAGUCUUGAAUUUGAAUAUUUUCAAGGUCAGAGUAUAUAUCUCAAAUAUAAGAUUUAAUAAAUAAUUAAUGUGAUAUAAUUAUAGAAGGAAAGAAUUAUUCUUUCCCUCAAGGAAGUUUCUGAAGGUAUUUCAUGGUGUAUAAUAGAACUGAAAUAUUACAAUAAAAAACUAACUUAAAUGUUCACUGAAAAUUUGUGGCAUUUAAAUUAAAACGGAAAUUAUAUAAAGGAAAGUGAUUUUUAAGGAUAUACAUAAAGAUAUAUCCAGAUUUUCCAUGAUACUGCUCUCCUCAUCUGCUGCUUAUGUAAAUGAGCACUUUCUUAGUAAUAUACAGUGUAUGAUAUUGCAUUUCAUCACUUUAUGACUAUUAAGUGGUUAGUUUUUUCACUUAUGCCCAUAAAUUUGAUACCAAUUUAAUCACGAUAAAACAGUAACUCUUGUUACCUAUGGUUUUUUUUUUUGGUUGGUUGGUUGGUUUUUUUUGCGGUACGCGGGCCUCUCACUGUUGUGGCCUCUCCCAUUGUGGAGCACAGGCUCCGGACGU